AAAAUGAGCUGCACGGCGGCGGCAGCUCUUCGCCCCUCGGAGCUGGAAAUGCAACUCUUGGGAUCUUCGGAGGCUACCGAGCUGGAGGCGGAGGCGGCUGGGGAGGUCCGAGCGAUGUGACCAGGCCGCCAUCGCUCGUCUCGCUCUCCGUCUCUCUCCUGCCGCCGCCUGACUUGAAAAUAACUUUUUUACUCUAAAAGAAAGAAAAAAAAAAUCCCCUAGAACCAGUAGCCGUCCGCGCCUCGCGCCCUCGUUUCCCCCCUCGGCCGUCGGGUCUGGGCGGGAGCCCGGGGUGGCCGCUCCGCCGUCGGGGCCGCGCCGCCGAGCCCCGGCCGCCCCGGGCCACCCCCGUCCGCCGCCCCCAUGCAUCCCUUCUACACCCGGGCCGCCACCAUGAUAGGCGAGAUCGCCGCCGCGGUGUCCUUCAUCUCCAAGUUCCUCCGCACCAAGGGGCUCACGAGCGAGCGACAGCUGCAGACCUUCAGCCAGAGCCUGCAGGAGCUGCUGGCAGAACACUACAAACAUCACUGGUUCCCAGAAAAGCCGUGCAAGGGAUCAGGUUACCGUUGUAUUCGCAUCAACCACAAGAUGGAUCCUCUGAUUGGACAGGCAGCCCAGCGGAUUGGACUGAGCAGUCAAGAGUUGUUCAGGCUUCUCCCAAGUGAACUCACACUCUGGGUUGACCCCUACGAAGUGUCCUACCGGAUUGGAGAGGAUGGCUCCAUCUGUGUGCUGUAUGAAGCCUCACCAGCAGGAGGUAGCACUCCAAACAACAGCUCCAAUGUGCAAAUGGUAGACAGCAGAAUCAGCUGUAAGGAGGAACUUCUCUUGGGCAGAACAAGCCCUUCCAAAAACUACAAUAUGAUGACUGUAUCAGGUUAAGAUAUAGUCUAUGGAUGGAUCAUCUUAUAAUGGAUGGAUAAAUUUGAUUUUUUGCUUUGGGUGGGCUCCUCUUGGGGAUGGAUUAUGGAAUUUAAACCAUGUCACAGCUGUGAAGAUCUGGCACAAGAUAGAGUGGUAAUAAUUUUUUUGUUUUUUUGUUUUUUUAAGGGACAGUGCCGUAGUUUGGACAGUACCUUUCAGUGAUUUCAGUAGCCUGUGAGUCUAAGGAAGGAUCACUUUAUUUGCUAGGGAGUGAAGUCACAGGGUGGUGUUUCAGUCUCUCCCAGACCUUUAUACCCAGUUUAUCACAUCAGUCCCUCUAAGGAAAAUCUGUAUUUCGAAGAACCUUCCCCUCCAGUCAAUCUCGCAGGGGAAUUUUGCACUAUUACACUUGAAAGUUAUCAGUAACUUUUUUGGCAGCUCAAUUGGAAAGCUCAGUGCUUUGAGCAUGAUAGUACUGGAAAUUUUACACGGAGACUUUUACCUAGCACUUAACAUGUAUAAAUAAAUGUACAUAAGGACAAACUAGUGCGCAUGGCCCCGGGGAAAAUGGUCAGACCUUGUAUUGUGUUUUUGGCUUUGACAGUAGCAAGUGACCAGAAUCUGCCGUGGCAACAGGCUUUUUAAAAGACCCUUAAAAAAAAAAAAAGACACUGUCUCAACUGUGGUUGUUAGCACCAGCCAGCCCUCUGUGCAUUUGCUAGCUUGUAGUUUUCUAAGACUGAGUAAACUUCUUAUUUUUAGAAAGUGGAGGUCUGGUUUGUAACUUUUCCUUGUACUUAAUUGGGUAAAAGUCUUUUUUUUCCACAAACCACCAUCUAUUUUGUGAACUUUGUUAGUCAUCUUUUAUUUGGUAAAUUAUGAACUGGUGUAAAUUUGUACAGUUCAUGUAUAUUCAUUGUGGCAAAGUUGUACAGAUUUCUAUAUUUUGGAUGAGAAAUUUUUCUUCUCUCUAUAAUAAAUUGUUUCUUAUCUUGGCAUUUUAA